CACACCAGUCAGGGAGUCUAUUCAACUAGAGCUCUUGUGACGUCUCACGCUGGAACUGUUGCCAACUUUCCUUUGUUGGGUUCGGCAGGUUAUUGCCGUUUAUGUUGUUGGUUCCAGAGUCAAACACACCAGAGGGCGUCACAUUUUCAGCAUCUACCAAUCGUGACAGCAAGCCUUCAUUCAAACAAGAAAUAUUUUUCAACUGAUAUACGGGUUUGUGGUUCAAAAAAAGAGUGUCGGACUUGAAAUGAAAUGCAGUUUGGUGCUUCUCACUCAGCGCCCCGCCGCGUGAUCCGGCGGGCAGAUCCGGGAAGUCAAUCGAGCGCGCCACUCAUGGACGGCCAGUGUUGUUUACUGACGCACGCGGAGCAGCGAGCCCGGUAAAUGAGAGCAGCUACCCGGGUCUCGGUUCGGUUCGGCCUCCGCGGGGAACUGAGAACGCAGCCGCAGUUACCGCGCUUCUAUUGCGGCUGAGUCGAGUUAGCUUCCGUGCUCCACUAUUGCUCCGUAUCUACUAGCCUCCUAGCUUCCUUUCUUGCUAGCUUCCUUGCGUCCUAGAUCCUAGCGCCACAAUCCCCACUAGUUGAAUGUCCCCUCUCUUGUUAUCCUUUCCCACUUAAGGCUUGAUCCCCUCUUAUGAGGGGCUUUAAUCUCCUUGUUUCCUUUCCUGCUGGCUUCCUAGCCUCCUUCCUUAGUCAAGACCAGGAUGGAUCAGGCCCUCAACCUCUCCUACCUCCAUGAAAACCCUUACAAAAUGACAGAGGAGGACGUGAAGAGGUUAAUCGAGUUUCGGGCAUCCAAUGAGGUCCUGUUCACUGGGAGGAGGAAUUCAGCCAAGAUCGCCUGGAGCACCAUCCUGAAAGGACUGGGUCUAGAAGGAAAGCUGACCUCGGAUCAGAUCGCCAAGAAGUGGGACAACCUUCGCACCAAGUACAAGGACCUGAAGCAGGCCAAGGCGGGGGGUGCUGGACUUGAGUCCUGGCCCUGGUAUCACAUCAUGGACGACGCCUUGCAAGGGCGCCUCUUCAACAGCGACCUGGUUCUGAACCCGGAGAGCAUGUCGGAUUACCGCGGCUGCAGCCAGAACCCUGACAGCACGGACAUCCUGGAGUUCCUCAUCAAAACGGAGAUGGAGGACUCUGCUGCGCUGGAGGGUGGCGAGGCCGAGCCGGCAGAGGGGGUGGUCCCGGUGGGUUGGAGAAGGACGACGGAGUGGUCUUAUAAAAUGUCAGAGGCUGAGACGGAGGCCAUGAUCAAGCUCCGGGCAGCCAAUGAGGCGCUCUUCACUGGCAAGAAGCAUUCGGCCAAACCAGCCUGGAGGGCGAUCCUCCAUGAACUGGGUCUGCAGGGUAAAGUGACCACAGAGCAGCUGGCCAAGAAGUGGGACAACCUGAAGAGGCGCUACAAGGAGGUCAAGUGUCCCGCUCCGGGCGUGGAGUCCAGCCCCAGCUCCUGGUCCUGGUUUUACAGGAUGCAUGAUGCCAUGGAGGGCCGCCUGGCCGCCGCCGCGCCCGUCCUCUCUCCUAUCGUGGAGGAUGGCGACGAAGAUUACGAUUCACUUUCACCGACGCCCAAGAAACGGACUCGCCGCGGCCGGAAAGGGAUGUCGGAGUUUCUGACCGAGUCAGAAAUGGACCUGCUUGUGGACGGCCAGGACAGACACGGAACCCCAGCUUUGGCAGGCUUUCACCGGCCGUCUGAGCUCACCUACAAACUGACGGAGGAGGACACGAGGCGACUGAUCGAGUUACGGGCUGCCAACGAGUCUCUUUUCACCGGGAGGAGGAACUCGGCCAAACCGGCGUGGAGGGGAAUCGUGAAGGAACUCGGCCUGACAGGAAAGAUUUCUCCUGACCAAGUGGCGAAGAAGUGGGACAACCUCAAGACCAAAUAUAAGGACCUCAAGUUUCCUCCCCGUGGGAUGGAGGGUCAAACUCACCCAGCAUCCUGGCCGUGGUUCGAACUGAUGAAUAGCGCCUUGGAGGGGCGACUGGCCGGCAAAGCCCCGCGAGUCACGCCCAUUUGGACCACAGAGGAGGAGACGAUGUCGCCCCCUGCUGACACGCUGACCGAGAGCAGCAGCGUGUCCGAGCUGGAGGACAUUGUCCGGGGAGAUCAGCCUGAGGCGGAUGGAAGCGUGACGUUUAUCGACGCCAGCGGCGAAGAGUGCACGUCACCGUCGGAGCUGUCGUACAAAAUGACCGACCAGGACACUCGCAGGAUGAUCAGACUGAGAGCAGCCAACGAGUCUUUGUUCACAGGAAGAAGGAAUGCAGCCAAGGCCGCGUGGAAGGCCAUCCUGAAGGAGCUUGGCCUGGUCGGAAAGGUCUCCACGUACCAAAUGGCGAAGAAGUGGGACAACCUGAAGAGGCGAUACAAGGACCUCAAGUACCCGCCGAUUGGGAUGGAGAACACGGCGGACAGCGCUGCGGCCUGGCCUUGGUUUCACCUCAUGAAUGAAGCGAUGGAGGGGCGACUGGCCGGCGCCGCCCGACUCCUGACCCCUGUCACCCAAGAUGACGAAGAUCACCUGGAAAACAUCCCGAAACUGCUGUCGAGUCUCGCUCCUACAGCAUUUGGAAGAGAGUCGACGGGCGAUGACGUCAGCGCGCCGUGUGAUAGGACACUGGGGGACCUGGAGAGGGGGUGGGCGGAGCUGGAGAAGGAGAGGGCGGAGCUCAACAAGGAGCGGGCGGCGAUUCAGGCGGAGCGACUGUGGCUGGAGCAGGAGCGGGCCGACCUGGACCGGGACAGAACCAAUUUGAACCAGCAGAGGGCGCAGCUCACCAGAGACAGAGCCUUCCUUGAACAGCAGAGGGCAGCGUCACAGAAGGAUCAAUGCCUUCCGGAGCAUGAACUGGGUGAACUGAGGACUCCGCAGGUUGUCGACCCACACUCCAUCAUGCUCAGCCCUGUUGGGCACCCAGAACACCUCCUGAACAACGGCCUGAUCUGAAUUUCCUCUCAGUGUGGAGGUGCGAUCCAGACAGUAAUCGAGUGACUAUUUUUUCAAGACCAUGAUAUUUGAAUGUGCCUUCAUGAUUCGCCACACUCACAGGACCUACGACCAGCUGUUGUCAUUCCUUGUGUUCCGAGUCGUCUUGAGAAUCACUUUUGUUUUGUCUCCAAGAUACAGUGUUCGUAAAUACUAUUGCUGCUUAAAGUUUGUGCUCCAAGGUGGGAACAGGUGGCCUGGAUCCCUCGAGAGAAUGAAGUAGGUGUGGUAGGAGCUCUGAUAGGAGCUGGUCACCGUGGCGACUCACUUGAUUGUAACGGACUAAAUAAAAGACUACUGAUCUCAA